AGGAACCCGGCGCUCCGCGACUCCCGCACCCACGUGGCUCCGCCCCGCGGGGACCGCCACGUGACCCUGCUGCCAUCUUCCUUCCUGGCGGACACUCCGGACGACGGCAUCUCCGCCCCACUGCGCAGGCGCUGCCGAGGGCGCAGGCGCAGGGGCUGAAGAGGCGCGCUGCCGGCGGGCAGGGAAGGACUCUUUCCAGAUCCAGCCACGAUAUGGCCACCGCUCUCCUAAGGAAAGUGGUUUCCGCCGUGGGUCCCCUGCUGCACCUGGGUGGCCGCCCGCUCUCCGCGCUCGCGCAGUGCCCCCCGCGCGCCUGCCCUCGGGUCGGUGCGCCCCCCAGCCCGGCGGCCGCGCUCCUCUCCGCGCGCCCGGCACUCGGCCUGCAGCAGCCGGCCCUGGGCUUCAAGACCAAGGGCGUCCUCAAGAAGCGCUGCAAGGGCUGCUAUUUGGUCAAGAGGCGCGGGCGGUGGUUCGUCUACUGCAAGACCAACCCGAAGCACAAGCAGAGACAGAUGUAGCCCUCGGGCUGGGAAAUCCCUGCCCGGGAGACGGUGCUGCCUCAUCGAAAGGAAAAUAACAUGUAAACAUUCUGUAGCCUCCGUUCUGCUGACCUUCGGGUGCUGUGGACUCUGCGGCCUGCGUCACCUCCUUGUGGCUCCGGAUCCAGCCAAGCCUGAGACCCACCUGGGAACGCGUCCUUCUCAGCUCCUGCGCAAGCUGUGUUUGCGCUCGGGCAGAGGACCGAACAUCGGGAGGAGGGAAAGCUGGCUUUAUCCCACGUCAGAAUGCAGGUUCUUUAGAAGACCACCCUGUGCGCUGGCUCUCUCUCGGCCCUGUCUCUGCGUUCAGCCACACUGCUGCUUCCCCGUGGAUUCAGACUUGUGUUCUCAACUUUCCCAUCUCCAGGAUAAGCAGGGAAGGCCGUGACAGCAGUCUUUAAGUCAAGGGAAAUUUAACUUGUUUAUACGUAUAUAAAGGUAUUUUGGGCAUUGAUUAAAUAUGUUUGUCAUCCUUA